AUGAACCCGCAGUUCAUGCACGACCUGCAAUACUCUGGCAGCAAAGGCCAGAAAGUAUGCUCGAUAUCUUUUUCACAGCAGAAAAAUGACCCCGCUCCCUAUGAUGGAGACAUACUUGUUCAGAGCCUGUCCAAAAGGAAAAUCGUUUCAGCCUCCCUUUCUCGUCUUCUUCGCGUAGCUUUCAUCUCCCUAGCAGUAGCAUACUUUCUGCUUAUCUGUUUUCACUUCAUCAAAAUUGGACGGCUUUUGGCUCCGCAGAGCCGAUACCUCGCAGAUCGCUACGAUGGAUCAUGUGAUUGGGGCAACGCUGCAGAGCACAAUGACAACGGCGAGGACAGAACGGCAGGAGGAACCCCAGAACAUCGAGCGCAGCAGCUGACGAAUGAAAGCCUGCUUUCGCCGCAUUAUCAGACUCAUGGAGUGCACGAGUCUGUCACGGGAAGACUUAAAGGAGUAGGAGUUGCAGCGCCAAUUGGAGAGGAGACACCCAGGACCAGUUUGGUGGAAUGGGCACAGGAGCUUCAGCAGUAUAGCUUGCAUUCAUGGGCAAACCGUAACCUACCUAGGCCAAUAAGGGCUCGUUUAGUGAACCUAUUCUCACGAAUGGUGAGAGCUUCAAGGUUGUGUAGAUCAUUGCUACCAAUGCUAACGCGCACACAACGCCUGCAUGUGACGUAUCUUGUGAUGCGACUAAUUGCACUGGAUUUGGGAGCAAUUUCGUUAGUGAGAGAGGACAUGGAGCCUGCACGGCGAAGUGUGGGGGACUCUCUCAUCAAUUUGGGUCAUGAAUGUCUUGGAGGCAAUAGCAGUGGUUCACAACAUGAUGGUCUUCGCACCGCGAUUCGCCAACUAAUAGGCUUAGUUGAAAAACUCAAACUGCCGCGACGCGUAGAAUACGAAUAUGAUUCCCUGAAGUACAGAGGUAAAAUGCUGAGCAUGAUGGGUACUGCUGGCUUGGUGCUGAAGUAUUGUUUAGGCGUUCUGGAGGGUUUACUUCAAUCCAUUUGCGGAGGCCCACGGAAGCUUCCAGAUGCUAUUGUUCAACAACAGUUCAAUGUUCUAGAGGGACUUUAUCGCGUACACGCUAACCAUAUUGGCACGGAUAGAGCGCUUCGUAAGCACAUUUUGAAGUGCCAGGAACAAACUAGUACGUAUGACCUCCUUGGCGGCAAGAAGUCAUUUUUGCCUACGGAUGAGAUUCCAAAAUUAUACAUGCUCCAGAAACAGAUAAAAAAAGCAGUCAGCAACGCCGGUGGCCUUCUACCACUGGAACAGCAAAGUGAAUUGCACAGCAAUAGUGCUAGCAGCACGCUCGUCAGAGAUAGUCAACUGAGCGACACCUACGCUGAAGCACUGCACGGACAAUGGGGACACCACAUGCUGCAACGAAGCUCUGCUGCAGCGGAGCAGCAAUCGCUUCACUUCGCAGCUUUCUCGGAGAGCGAAAACGUCUACGGAAGCGCGUCUUUGCCUUCUUCUGCAUAUCCACUGUGGCAGCCUUGGCAGCCGCUUUACCAAGGCCACGAAUCAGUUGCGCGGCCCGUGCCGCAAGUCACUAGCAGUCCUGGGAAUCAGCAGUCACAGUCAGUCUUGUCGCCGUCUCUUCAGGCAUUGGGUGAUUCUGCGAUGCCUUGGAUGGACACAACACACCAACACAUUCAAGGCCUAGGUCCCCGUCUACCGUUGGCACCUGCUCUCCUUACGUGUCCCCAUCUUCUUUCUGCUACUCAGUUGGCUGAGUCUGCCUUUCCUUUGGGUCAAUUACAACGCCUUACACUUUCUGGGUGUGCUGUUCAAGCGCCUUUGGAGCCCACUGCACAGCUGCAACAAGGAGCUGGAGCUGAGCAGCCUGCGACGUUUGAGUCACCAGCAGCAGGUUCUCAAAGAAGUGGUUACAGCCUCUUCGGGCAAGGUGGCGUUCCUCCGUGGUUGCCAUUUCCACAAGUGUCAGCUUUCUCUGUCGAAACGCGCACUCCUACAGGCCGUAGUUGGUUGGUCGGUCAGAGGCAAGGGAUGCUCCAAGGUAGUACGUAUGACUUCAACGAAGCAGAGGGCAGCAAUCAGGUUGGACAUUUUGAUGACAGUCGCCAAUGA